ACAAAUAAACAAGAUACACACAAUGAAUAAACGAAAAGAACAUAAUAGAUACCGUGACCCCAGAACUCAUCAAAUAACCCCGGCAUUAUACAGAGUUCGUGCUCCAUUCUUUUGGAGAAACACAAUUUCCUUCAUUGCCCUUGGUUCUAUUCCACUUGGUGUUUAUAUUUAUACAUUUAAGAAAAUGCAAGGUGAUGAUUUGGAAGAUAUUCCAAUCCCACCUAUUUCCGAUGAAGAAUUGAAGAUUUUGAAAAAAGAAUACGAAGAAAAGAAAGCUGCCAAGUAGAGGCGUGGUCUAGAGAUUAACUUGUACAUAGAGUAUAUAAACUGAUUUACGUUAUAUGCAUAUAAAUAGUGCCUCAU